UUUCGGUAACCGGUAUAUUAAAUUGUCAUGAGAUUUUCAAAACAAAAGUUCGGUGGAAACAAAGCGGAAUUUUGAGUGUUUUAUUUAAAUCAUCCUUGAAUUCAAGACUUAUGCUCUUAACCUUAUAAAAAUCAUCAAAAUAAAAUGAAAUUGAUAAUUUUUCUUGCUUUAUUUAGUUUCAUUUCCGCUAUGGUGAUCAACGAACCUUGCAAAACAGAUGCAUAUCCUCCGCCAAAAGAAACAAAAAUAAACAGUGUUGUGUUAAAUCUCGAUGACCCUCCAUUUGACAGAUGGACACAUAUUGUGGGACCAAAAUCUGAGGAGUUAGCAGAUCUCAUUGCUUCCAUCAAAGAACUUGUUCCUACUAAAGUAAUUCAGUUAGUGGAUGGUGCAUUGGGCGAUAUAAUAGAUUGGCUUCCUUAUCCAUAUUCCGAUGAAAUAAAAGGAAUUGCAAAAGCUACUGGUUUGCCAUUAGGAGAAGCAGUAUUGUACAAUAUAUUUUAUGAAAUAUUUACUGCAUGCACAUCUAUUGUUGGCCAUGACGACAAAGGAAAAAUGUAUCACAGCCGAAAUUUAGACUUUGGACUACUAUUAGGAUGGGACAGACAGAAUGAUACAUGGUUAGUUACAGAAAAGUUGCGUAAACUCAUUGUCAAUGUUGAUUACCAGAAAAACGGAGUCACUGUUUUUAAAGCUACUCACUUUGUUGGUUAUGUUGGAAUAUUGACUGCUGUCAAACCAAAAAUGUUUACAUUAACAAUGAAUGAGAGAUUUGGUCUGGAUGGAGGAUAUGUCGGGUUGAUUGAAUGGGUACUUGGGCUUACUAAAGGAAAAUGGAUGGGUUUCCUUUUAAGAGACGUUAUGGAAAACGCAACAAGUUAUUCUCAAGCUAAAGACACACUUACUAACACCGUUUUAUUAGCACCAGCUUAUUUUAUUUUGGGAGGCACACAAGAAAACGAAGCCUGUGUCAUUACCAGAUCAAGGAAUGCAGCUGAUGACGUUUGGAACCUAAACUCAACCAAUGGGGAUUGGUAUUUACUAGAAACAAAUUAUGACCAUUGGAAGAAGCCUCUUUUUAUUGACGAUAGACGAACACCUGGCAACAAAUGUAUGAUGAAAAUGGGAAAAUCUGGUAUGAGCAUUGGGGGGCUUUUUAAUGUUUUGUCUACUCCGUCAUCUCUUAAUAAGCUUACCGCAUAUACUGCAUUGAUGCAAGUUGAUGAUGGUUUGUUGGAAACUUAUUUACAGAAUUGUCGAACUCCGUGUUGGCCUUGGUAAUUUUCAUACUCAAAGUAUAUUAAUCAUAAUAAUAACUCAAAGUAUAUUAUUCAUAAUAAAGAUAUAUUCAUAAUAAAGAUAUUACACUCAUUUUUUGUAUAAAUUGUAAAAAAUUUACGAGAUAUUUUUAACAAUAUUCAUGUUUUGUAAACAGAUGUUUUUUCUUAUGUAAUUGAAUACGAUGUUGAAA